AUGCCGAGGGGCUUCCUGGUGAAGCGAACUAAACGGACAGGCGGCUCGUACCGAGUGCGCCUAGCCGAGAGGGUCUUUCCCCUGUUGGAGCCCCAGGUGGCGCCGCCCUUUCCCGAGGAGACUCAGAGCGCCUCCCUGCCGGGUGCGGACCGGGCGGCACCCGACGCCGUGGGGGAGCCGGGAAAGGGCCUGGCGGCCCGGGGACUGUGGGGGUCGCCCUGUCGCUUGCUUGGGGUGAGCCUGGGGCCUGGCGGGCGGGAAGGCGCGGAGUGGAGGGCGGACGGCAGCGAGGGUCCCGGACCCAGCCCCAGCCCCGCGAAGCCGGCCGGUGGGGAGCUGCGCCGAGUGUUCCUGGAGCGCUGCCUCACCUCGCCGGUCUCCGCCGAGUCCUUUCCCGGGGGCGCCGCUGCCGGGGCCGCUUUCACUUGUUCAGUGGCGCCAGCAGCAGCCUCAACCUCGGGGGAACAGUUCCUGAUGCCGCUCCGGGCACCGUUCCCUGAGCCCGCACUCCAGACGGAGCCCGCGCCCCUCUCGGCCUCCCUGUACGGCCUGAAGCGGGCCGCCGCCGGAGAGCGCCGCGCCAAGGUACCUCCGGCCUGUGCGUCGGGGCCCGCGGCCGCGAGUGUCAAAAAGCCAAAGGCCAUGAGGAAGUUGAGCUUCGCGGAUGAGGUGACUACGUCUCCUGUCCUGGGCCUGAAGAUCAAGGAGGAGGAGCCCGGAACGCCGUCUCGGGGAAUGGGUGGCAGCCGCACACCGCUGGGGGAGUUUAUUUGCCAGCUGUGCAAGGAGCAGUAUGCGGACCCCUUCGCGCUGGCCCAGCACCGCUGUUCCCGCAUCGUGCGCGUCGAGUACCGCUGCCCCGAGUGCGACAAGGUCUUCAGCUGCCCUGCGAACCUCGCCUCCCACCGCCGUUGGCAUAAGCCGCGUCCCGCAGCUGCAAACGCGGCCACAGCCUCCUCCGCCGACGGGAAGCCGCCUCCUUCGUCGUUCGUGUCCUCUGUGGACUCCCGGGCCAUCGCAUCUUUCUUGGCGGAGGGGAAGGAGAACAGCCGGGCCGAGCGGACUCAGGAUCAGCACUCACCGGCCAGGGACAGCUCCAGGGAGGAUCAGCACCCGGACAGCGCCCCGCGCUCUAGCCUCCAGGUGCUGCCACAUGCAGAGCCGCCGCUGCCACAGGUCCCCAACACAGAGGGGGUGCUGGGACGCCGAGUGCCUGUGCCAGGCAGUGCUAGCGGUGUCGGGGGACCCGAGAUCUUCGUGUGUCCAUAUUGCCACAAAAAGUUCCGUCGCCAAGCCUAUCUGCGCAAGCACCUGGGAACCCACGAGGCGGGCUCGGCCCGCGCGCUCGCCCCAGGCUUUGGCUCCGAACGCUGCGCCCCACUCGCUUUUGCUUGCCCGCUGUGCGGGGCGCAUUUUCCGUCCGCAGACAUCAGGGACAAGCACCGGCUGUGGCACGCUGUCCGCGAGGACCUGCUACUCCCGGCUCUGGCGGGACCGCCCCCCGAGGCGCCGAGCCCAGACGCGGCAUCAGACGGGAGUGCUCAGCAGAUUUUCUCGUGUAAGCACUGCCCGUCCACCUUUUUUAGUUCCCCAGGGCUGACCCGGCACAUCAAUAAGUGCCACCCCUCAGAAAGUCGGCAGGUACUGCUGCUGCAGAUGCCACUGCGUCCUGGCUGCUGAGGCCCCAGACACUAGAGACCAGGAAAAUUGUGACGCUGGCCUUGGAGGAAACAGAUCAUGGUAUCUUCUGUGGGACUUUCUUCAAUUUGCAAGUGUAACCUCUCUUUCCUUACUGUUUUUCUCUCCUAAAACUCUCCCAGUAGUCAGUGUUCCGCCAGAGAAGCGUCAGCGAACUGUAAAAUCCCUCUCUAGAGCAGGUAUGUAUAUGGUAUAAACACUCACUUUCAAAGACUAUCAGCUUUAAAUCCUUCUCCCUUUCUCCACUAAAAUAGGAAUUUCCCCCUCCCCCAAACAAGACCCUGACGAAUCCUAUAUGACUUGUAAUUCCUAUGGAAAGUCGCAGUGAAUGCGUGCAUGUUUCAAUAUCUAGAGGUUUCUACCUACCGAAAGUGGUAGACACCAAUGUUUUUUUCUUUCGCCAUCGCAGGCGCCUAUGUAGUUUCUGUCUCAAUAGGGUCAGAUUAUUUUGCAUUGUAUAUUCUGUGAAUUAAAAGUUAUGUGAUUGGUGCCAAACUUACAGGGGGAAAAAGAUUCAAGACCUGUAUCCUGUGGGCAGGAAAUGUAAGAGGAUGUUUGCUGCUUUUAGGGGGUGUGGGGGAAAGACCUGAUCUCCCCUGUAACCUUUCCUUUUCCCAAUUAUAUGUAUGUCUAUUCUUAAGUUAGUGUAUGGAGAAGGGGAGGGUGCUACAUUAAUGAAAGGAGUUAAGAUUGAGAACCCCCCCCCCCCCAAUUCUCACCGUUAGCUAUUUUGUGUGCAGUAUUCAGGAAGAACUAUUUCACACCUUUCUUUAAACAACCUUUUGGAAAUACAGAACUUGUUUCCUGAAGUUUGACUUUUAUUAGGAUUUCACCAAAAUUGUUUAAUGCUUCUAUUAUAAAACUCAUACUAUGUAUUGUAUAUGAAACUAUGUUCAGUUUAAGGAAAAUAUUAGUAUCUAUAAAGUACUAUGGAACUGAAUGGCAAUUCUAUAUUCAAUAGUUUUGUUUCACCAGUCACUUGUUUUUGAAUUGCUUUUUUAUAAACCAUAUUCAUUCUGUACCCAUGCCCUAGUAGCCAGAGUUUGGGACACUGGCUGGACAUUGCUUGA